CGGCGCGCAAGCAGUCUAGCAGGUGCGCGGGGAGACGGUCGAGUUCAAGCUGCCAGUCCCGGGCGCCCAAGUGCCAUGGACGGCCUGCGCCAGCGCUUCGAGCGCUUUCUGGAACAGAGGAAUUUGGCCACCGAAGCGCUAGGGGCACUCGAAGCCAAGACAGGUGUCGACAAGCGGUACUUGGCCACGGGAGCCGCCACUCUGCUAAGCCUGUAUCUUCUGUUCGGGUACGGGGCUCCUCUGCUGUGCAGUCUCAUCGGCUUUGCAUACCCCGCAUAUGCUUCGAUCAAAGCUAUCGAGAGCCCAAGCAAAGAGGACGACACUGUGUGGCUCACAUACUGGGUGGUGUACGGCCUGUUCGGGCUAGCCGAAUUCUUCAGCGAUCUACUCCUGUCCUGGUUCCCUUUCUACUACGCGGGCAAGUGCGCCUUCCUGUUGUUCUGCAUGGCUCCCGGCCCCUGGAACGGGGCUCAUAUGCUGUAUCAUCGCAUCAUACGUCCUCUGUUUCUAAAGCAUCACGAGGCCGUGGACAGCAUCGUGAGCGACAUCAGCGGGCGGGCCCUGGACGUGGCAGCCGGAAUGACGAAGGACGCAGGGAAAGUAAGCAUGACCCAGCUUCAGAAGGCCAAGUAAAGCCCCCAGCCCACCCGAACGCAGACACACCAGACCAUGAGACGGAGGAUGUGCCACAGCGCAAGUCGUCUGUGGAUUCCUCCACCGACUCACCAGCAGAGCCCACCACCAGCCCCUCGUUCCCCG